GUUUAGUGAGAACCGGAAACAAUCGGAUUUGAAUUGACCCGAACCGAUCGCAAUUGCCGAUAGCUUAGGACACUGAAUAAUUUAGAAGUUAAUUUUACCGUUCAAGGUAAGUAGGUAACUGCUACUAUUUCACGCUGUUGUGGUUUCACGACCAAACCCUGCCAGGUGAAUCCUCCCGUUCCAAGCUUUUAACCUUCUUUGGAACCUUCCCAUUAAGUCAAAGCCAAAGAAGGGUUUCUUUUUCGCAUCUCGUUCUAUCCAGUUGGAUCAAUGGAUUGCAUUUACAAGAACUCAAAUGCGCUCAUAGAGGAUCGAGUCAAAGACCUUCUUUCUCGAAUGACUCUACAAGAAAAAAUUGGUCAAAUGACCCAAAUUGAGCGAAGUGUCGCCACCCCUUCUGCUCUCAAAGAUCUUUCCAUUGGGAGUAUAUUGAGUGCUGGAGGAAGUGGGCCUUUUGAGGAAGCAUUGUCAUCUGAUUGGGCUGAUAUGGUGGACAAGUUCCAGCAGUCAGCACUUGAGUCACGGCUCGGGAUACCGCUUAUAUAUGGGAUUGAUGCAGUUCAUGGUAACAAUAGUGUUUACGGGGCCACUAUAUUUCCUCACAAUGUUAGCCUUGGAGCCACUAGAGAUGCAGAUUUGGCUCAAAGAAUUGGGGCUGCAACUGCUCUUGAAGUUAGGGCAAGCGGCAUUCACUAUAACUUUGCUCCCUCUGUGACGGUGUGCAGAGAUCCCAGAUGGGGAAGAUGUUAUGAGAGUUAUAGUGAAGACACCAACAUUGUUAGAAAAAUGACUUCCAUUAUUACAGGUUUGCAGGGACAACCACCAGUGCGACACCCAAAGGGCUACCCUUUUGUAGCUGGGAGAAACAAUGUUAUUGCAUGUGCCAAGCAUUUUGUUGGAGAUGGGGGUACUGAAAAGGGUAAAAAUGAGGGGAAUACCAUUUUAUCAUAUGAUGAUUUAGAGAGCAUUCACAUUGCACCAUAUCUGGACUGCAUUUCUCAGGGUGUUUCCACAGUUAUGGCAUCAUAUUCCAGUUGGAAUGGACAUAAACUUCAUGCUGACCAGUUCCUCUUGACGGAAAUUUUAAAAGAUAAGCUAGGUUUUAAGGGUUUUGUGAUUUCUGAUUGGGAAGCACUUGACCAACUCUGUGAACCUCAAGGCUCAAACUAUCGUUACUGCAUUUCUACUGCUGUUAACGCUGGAAUUGACAUGGUGAUGGUGCCUCACAGAUAUAAACAAUUCAUGGAGGAUUUGACAUUUCUGGUUGAAUCAGGGAAGGUACAGAUGUCCAGGAUAGAUGAUGCUGUUGAACGAAUAUUGAGAGUGAAAUUUGUUUCUGGUCUUUUUGAAUAUCCCUUCUCCGAUAGAUCUCUGCUAGAUAUAGUUGGCUGCAAGCUACACAGGGAAUUAGCACAAGAAGCAGUUCGCAAGUCCUUGGUUCUAUUAAAAAAUGGAAAGAACCCAGAAAAUCCUUUUCUUCCAUUAGACAGAUGUGCUAAAAGAAUUCUUGUUGCUGGAACACAUGCUGACAAUCUUGGGUACCAGUGUGGAGGUUGGACAGGUACCUGGCAUGGAGGCAGCGGCAAAAUUACAAUCGGUACAACCAUCUUGGAUGCCAUUAGAGAAUCUGUAGGAGACGAAACAGAGGUGAUCUAUGAUCAAUAUCCCUCACCAAACACCUUAGCAGGGCAGAACUUCUCUUUUGCCAUUGUAGUUGUAGGUGAACCACCUUAUGCUGAAAACUUGGGUGACAACGAAGAGCUUGUAAUCCCCUUCAAUGGAAGUGAUAUAAUCAGUUCAGUCGCUGACAGAAUCCCCACAUUGGCAAUCCUUAUAUCUGGAAGACCCUUGGUUUUAGAGCCAUCGGUUUUGGAAAAAGUGGAUGCUUUAGUUGCUGCUUGGUUGCCUGGAAGUGAAGGGCAGGGAAUAACAGAUGUCAUAUUUGGAGAUUUUGAAUUUGAGGGUCGAUUACCAAUGACAUGGUUUAGAAGCGUUGAACAGCUGCCAAUGAAUGCUGGACAUUAUUCAUAUGACCCCUUGUUUCCCCUUGGGUUUGGAUUGACAUGCAAUAAGGAGAAACCCCUAGAGUAAAUAAUUUCAGGCAAGUGGUGUGAGUUUUACGAACAAUUAAGGAAGAAACAACAGCUGGUUUAUUUAGUAAGCUUCCUAUUUGUUGUUGUUCCUCAUCUGUAUAAUGCUGGGUGUGCUCAAUCACAUUGUCAUUCCAUCUGAAUCCUUCUUUUCUGUUUCAAAAGCCAUAAUUAUGCCAGUGGUGCUUAAUUAGAGCACAGCCCUCUCUUAUGUUUAUAAAAUAUAAAAUGCAUAAUCAUACCUACAUCUGAGGCUUCUAUUCUCUAGGCCAUUCCAUAUAUAGCCAAAUAAAAUAGAGUUAACGAGGAAUGGUUGGCCAAACUUGCAAUAUAUAUAACUCAGUUGAAAUUUGACUAUGAUAUGUGAUCUCUCUUCCUUGAACGCUUGAGCACACUAAAUGCAACAUGCAUGCUGGCCACUCCUUGAAAGCCAAAACUUUAAACUUUACAUGUGUUACUAGUCAAAUCCCAAUUCAUCCUGAAAUAAGAUAAUCUCACUCAAAUGUGAACCUUAACACUUAUGCUUCUAUAUUUGAUCUGAUAUUACUAUACAAAGAAUAUACAUUGUUUUUC